AACGGGCUAUUUCUGAUGAUGGGGAAAUCAUGGAGGAAUGCGUCCGAUGCGUGAGCACUUUGGAUCGGAUACAAUUGUUGCAUGAAUGACCCCCAUCAUGGUUCUUACCAAACUUUAAGUAUUGAUUCCUCUGGAGGAAUUCAAGGGGAGUUACCACGGAAUAACGAGACACUAUUUCCGGAUUCAUUUUAUCCAUUUUCACCCCUUUUCUGCGGUUCUUCCAAAAGUUAACUUGAACUUUUUCUGACUCUGGAGGAAUGUAGUGUGAGUUGUCAGGGGACUCUACCCGCCUUAUGAUGCACUAUUUUCGGAUACAUUUUAUCCAUUUCACCGCUUUUCUACGGUUCUCCAAAAAGUUAACUUUGACUUUUUCUGACUCUGGAGGAAUGUAUGGUGAGUUGUCAGGGGACUCUACCCGCCUUAUGAGGCACUAUUUCCGGAUACAUUUUAUCCAUUUUCACCGCUUGUCUACAGUUCUUUCCAAAAGUUAACUUUAACUUUGUCUGACUCUGGAGGAAUGCAAGGGGAGUAUAAAUUGGACUCUUCUUGCCGUUUGUCUUGUCAAAAUAGAGGGGUGUGUUUGAGGGGAGGGCCUUGGUCCUCUCUUUUCUCCCUCCCCGAGACCAGCUUGUGCUCUCGCUGUAAAAGGCAAAUGCGCGGGUACCCACUGCCACUCACCCUGAGCCUGGCUCCCGAGCAGGGCGUUCUCCCCGGCAACCCGCCAGCAGAUGAAAAACACCCACCUCUCCGCCUCUUCCGAGGGACGAGGGAACCGCGCGGGGGGGUCUGCUGGAGGCUCAUGCCGGGUGCUCCGUCCUGCGUUUCACCGGGACCCGGCUCGAACACUCGGAACUCUGACUCCAGCGCGGUGUGGCGGCCUCGCCCUGACCGUCCACCGUGCGCCCUCCGGGUACCCGAUUCCUCUGCCUCCUCCGGGGGCAGGUGCGAUGGGUUCAAUGCUUUCUUCCCCCGGGACGGAGCGCCCGGAAGGUACUGUUAUCCCCACGUUGUCGUACCCAAAACUGUCUUGUGAAAAUGUGAAUGAAAAGCCCAUAUGCACUCUGUGUUCGAACACAUUUAAAUACGAUAUGCCUCCAAAGUGUCCGCUGUGCAAGAAGCCCUACCUAGCUCUGAGUAAGCACCUGAAAAACACGCACCGUGUGUACAACACCAAGGAGAGGAGCAUCAUUCUAUCAAUUGCAAAUGGAAGGAUCAAUAUAAGGUGCCAUGCCUGUAUUAUUGUCGGAUGCGAAUAUCACGGUACCAGACUUGACCGCCAUCUAAUCAAAGAUCACAGAGAGCUAUCCCCGGAGGAGGUACGUGUGGCCCUUCGUAAGAUCAAGAAAAAAGUAGCAAUGGAUAAGCUACAGGCUCUCCGGCAAAGUAUCCCUGCUAUAGAAAUGAGAACCGCUGUGGAUGAUGUAUUUGAUACAGAUGAGGACGUUCUGGGACACCCUCCAGCCCUCUCCCCACAUACGGUCUGUGAAAACCAGUACUGUCGGGAAACAAGUGCUGAGAGGGACAUUCUUUUGAAUGAGGUGAGGACCCUGCGCUACAAGCUGCAGAAGCAACUAAAUACAAAUCAACCGAGGGCCGAGACACACACUGAGUUUAUUGAAGAUGAAUCAGUGGCUGUAGCUUCCUGCAGCACGACCACGGCUGAACAAUCGGUCCCUCCCCAUUUCUCCCCCGGGUCCUCUGGAAAGGGACGCGGGAAUACAAUGCGGAAGAUCAAGCUACCUGGACUCAUGGAGGAGUACAUCAAAGCUUACGGGGAACAUCUCAAUGGAAUCGACCCUACGCCAAAGCAGAGAGAAAAUACAAUUUCAAGGGUCAGCCGUAUCAAAACAUUCAUCCUGUAUAUGAUACACGAUCGUACACUCAUGUGCAAUUGGCUGUUCCUUAGAGAUGUGAAAAGGAUCCGUUCCUGGCCCCAAAGCUUAAUGGAUUCUGGGAAGAAAGUCACAACGGCUGCCUUUUACCUGAAAAAUGUGGCACAUUUUGUGAAUUACAUGUGUGACGCACCAUGUCCGUGGACCCGGAUAAAUCGAAAAGAUUUGCGCUAUAUCACGCAAGAGGUGAAGUCCGGCCUGCGGUCCCUGAAGCGAAAGGUAGUGGUACACCAAAUGGCUGUGAAGCGGAACAAAAUAGACAAUCUGCCAUGCCAGGCAGACCUUUUGUCCUGCAUGACUGCUGCUAAGAGGCGCAUUCCAGAACUUCUUGAACAGAUGGCAAUCAAUCCAACCAACGCAACACGUUACUUGCUUUAUGGGUACAUCACUCUCAAUUGGAGCUGCCUCUACGGUCAUCGCCCGGGUGUGUACGCCAACCUCACUAAUGCUGAAUUCAUAGAUGCGGGAAAACGGGGGAAUGAAUAUGGCUAUUUAAUUCACGUCAAAGAACACAAGACGGCCAAUGCGUUUGGGGAAGCGCAAUUGCACCUGUCAAAACAGGAGUUCGAUUGGAUGAAGAGGUGGAUGGAGAUAAAACAAACCUUACCCUGUAGGCAUAGCCAAUUCUUCCUGUUCACAGAGGGGAGAGGACCCUCACAAAAUUUAAGCCGCGACUUGAGAAUGGCAUGGAAAGAUGUUGGGCUUCAAGGUACCAUCACGUUCACAGAGCUCCGCACUGCCCUCGCUGACAAUGCCAAGAAGUUCCAUGAACCGGUGAACCGUAAAAAGCUAUCCGACUUUAUGUGCCACAAUACGCAUACUGCUGACAGGUUUUAUGCAUUCAUGCCGGACAUAAAGGAGGCUGCGGAGAUACGCAACAUGUUUACUGACUCAUUGGUUGCAGCAGCUAAAUCUGGAGCAGAAGCAGCGGUUCAAGCAGGAGCUGAAGCUGAAGAAUCAUCCUCAGAAAUAGACAUUUGCUCAGGGGACACAAGCAGCUCUGAUGAGGCCCUUAGCACCGUUAUAUACAAUGACACCACAGAAUUGUCGUCUUCCACAGACGAGGAAUUAAAUCGGGAUUAAAGGAAUAGUCAACAGUCGAGGAGAAUGGAAGUGGACCAAAAUGUACAGAGUUUAGACAUUCACGUGUGCAAAUACCUGUAUGUUAAUGUUUCUAUGUUCUAUGUUGUAUUUAUGUGUUUAAAUAAAGUCAUUUUACCACAAAACAUAAUUGUGAAA